AUGGCUGCUCGAAGAAGGAAUUUUAGGGAAAGAAGAGAUUAUUUCAAUGAAUAUUCAGAUAUGGAAUUGGUUAAAAGGUUCAGACUUGAUUCUGGUGGGAUAAACUUUAUUGAAGGAUUAAUAGGCAAUGAAAUAAGAUCCGCGUCCGUAAGGAACCACGCACUAACAUCUAGAGAAAAGAUUCUGUUAACCCUGAGGUUCCUAACAACUGGAAAGGUGCAACUUUGUAAUGGAGAUGAUAUGGGAGUUUCCCAAUCUUCUGUCUCUAGAGCAAUAUCUUGUACCAUUAAAAGUUUGUCAUCUGUACGAAUGGUGCGUAGAUUUAUCAAUUUCCCUACAUCACCAGAUGAAAUCAGACGUAACCAGGAACGAUUUUUUCAGAUAGCAGGAUUCCCUGGGAUUGUUGGUGCCAUAGAUGGCACCCAUGUUCAGAUAAUUGCACCUAGACAAAAUGAGAAUGAUUUUGUCAAUAGACAUCAUUACCACAGUUUAAAUGUGCAAGUUGUGUUUGAUUCCCAAUAUAAACUCAUUGACAUUGUUGCAAAAUGGCCCGGUUCGACCCACGAUGCACGCGUCGUAAAUGAGAGUGGGCUUCGAGUCUUGUUUGAAAAUGGUCACAUUCCUGUUCAUACGCAUUUGUUGGGUGACAGUGGCUACUCAUCUCGUAGAUGGCUACUUACACCAUUCAGAAUUCCUCAGCCUGGUCCACAGACAAAUUACAACAAUGCACACAAAAGGCCUAGGAGCACUGUUGAAAGAGGGAUAGGCCAGUUAAAACGCCGCUUUCAUGUUCUGCAUGGGGAGAUAAGAAUGUCGCCUCAGGAGGCAUUUCAAGUUGUGAUGGCAUGCGCAGUCCUCCAUAAUAUUUGUAAAGAUCGACAAAUUCCAAUUCCUGAUGAUGAUGACAGCAAUGAUACCAGUGAUGAUGAAGAUAGUGGAGACGAUACUGCUCAGGGUCAUCAUGUGCAAGCAAGAAAUGAUGGUGCUGCUAGAGGCAACAACAUUAAUGACACAUUGUACAGACAGCAGUUUGCUGCAACUCACUUCUGA